CUCUCUGAAGAGCAGAAACAAGGACGUCCUUCUUUUGCCUGGAAACCGGAGAUCAGUCAGUCAGAGGAGCGCAGAGCCGCCGCAGUCCCGGUGCAGCAUCGUUAUCUACACUCCCCGGUUCUCCAGCCGCUGAACCCGCACAGCAGACCCGACACACGGACGACUGAGGAGCUGAAGCUGAAUGUAAGAUCUGGUUGAAGAAGGCAGGAAUAAAAGCCAUCAUCAUGAAUUUUGUUAUGAAGCAGGCGUUGGGAGGCGCCACUAAAGACAUGGGGAAGAUGCUGGGCGGUGAGGAGGAGAAGGAUCCGGAUGCGGAGCGGAAGGAGGAGGAGCGGCAGGAGGCGCUGCGGCAGCAGGAGGAGGAGCGCAAGGCCAAAUACGCCAAGAUGGAGGCGGAGAGAGAGUCUGUGCGCCAGGGCAUCCGGGACAAGUAUGGGAUAAAGAAGAAGGAGGAGAAGGAGGCGGAGGCAGCAGCAGCACUGGAGCAGGCAGCAGAGGGGAGUCUGACCCGACCCAAGAAGGCCAUUCCAGCCGGCUGCGGAGACGAGGAGGAGGAGGAGGAGAGCAUCGUGGACACCGUGAUGAAGUUCCUGCCCGGACCCCUGCAGGACAUCUUCAACAAGAAGUAGAGCCGAGGAGACUGCUGCGAUUCUCACACACACACACACACACACUCCUCUGAGGACUCUGGACGAACACAAACACACACUACUGCCGUAAACACACACUACUGCCGUGAACACACUCCUGCUGUAAGCACACACACACACGCUGUUAAAUGAGUGGUUCUCAAAUGUUCUUGGUCACGUCCUCUGUUUUUAAAGUCUCUGCACACGUUUCUACUCUAGAAGAUGUGAUGAUGAAACAGAUGAAGAGUGAAUAUUAUUAAAGACACACUGAAUUUAAUUUGCAUAAUAAUGAGAAAGGCUUUGAUCUCCUCACUCCUGCUGCUGUGAAGAUGCUUUUCUUCAGCUUACAUGAUCUAAAAUACUGCAGAGAAAUAAGAGCAUACACACGUGUGUUAAAGCAGAGAGUCCCGGCCGGCGCCACAGCCUGCAGGAGCUGAUCCAGGACCUGAUCUCAGUAGUCAGUAAUGUGAUGAAUCAGGGCCUGGAGUGGCGGAGUUAUGAAGGUGUUUAACAGAUCUGCUGCCCUCAAUAAGACUUUUAUAUUUUUGUAAAUUGUGAAACUGGACACAAACACAGCCGCUAGAGGUCUACUUUAUACUCUGAUGAAGACCCAAGAGCAUCUUUGAGAACCACUGUGUUAAACACACACCUGUUAAACCCAAUCAUGUGGAACACACACUUGUCCAACACACACCUGUAGGGAGUCCAGAGCUCACAGCAGGAAUCUUCCUCCCUCUUCAUCCGUCCGUCUGUAAAUAAGUGAAAAGACAGAUAAACAGAUACACCUAUAUAUGGAGAUAUAUAUAUAUAUAUACACUAGCGAUAGAUGAUUCAGAUAUAUAAGAAUAAACUCUGAGUAAAAGCCAUAAACUAAUGUUGGAGGCGUCUCUCCAGUCAGCUCCUAUUUUUGAGUGUUGCUCUGUUCUAGAUACUUCCAUGCAUCAUCCUCCACACCUAUAGAUAUUAAUAUAUAUAUACUGUAAAUGGAUUCGCUCAUUGACCAUCACAUGGUGUCCGAUCACACACACACACACACACACAGACAGCGUCGCACAUGAUGGUGUUGUGCUGUUUCUCCGCAUGCGAAACAGUUCUCUAUGUUCCUUCUCUGCACUGUACGCCGCUCCAGCUCAACACACUCCAGUUGAAGGCAAUAAUUGGGUUUGUUGUCUGUAGAUCUGCAUCGCCUCACUUAUUAAACAGACUCGUUCUGUAUAUUACACACUGCAGAAGCUCCAUCACACACUACUACAAUUGGAUCAAUAGGGCUAUAGUCAUACACAGAGGUGAAUCUAGAUCAUCAUGCUCAUCUGCGCUGCUGUACAGUAGUCGUGUGUCGUGUUUCUCUCUUCACCUAAACAGACAGUGACAAUGGUGCAAUAUUUGUUUCUGAAUGAAGAUGUGCUGUGCCGAUGCUUGAUUAUAGAUCAGCAAUAUCAGACAAUCUUCAUCGUUAUAUAUGUGUAAGCGCUCCAGAAUGUCGGUGUCGUCUUCCUAGUUUCAGUCUAAGCAGCUUAUUAAAGGAUGGUUUAACUAGUCUCUAAUGAAGGAUCUCUAAACGCUCGCUUCUUUAUUCCUCACACUGCUGAACACGCUUCUGUGUCUGUUUCAGUGUAAAUAUCUGACAGAUGAUCUAGAUGAGCACUAGUAAAGUCUUGUUUUCAGAAAUCAUCAGUCAGAGUUCUUCCUAAAAACACGCUGAAUAAUCAGAUUAUUGUGUGCUUGUCCUGAAAAAGCUUCUUGAUGUUUAGAUAUUUGGAGCAGAAAGCGUGUUCUGCAGUGUGUUUUCCUCAUUGGUGUGAUGGUAAAGGCGUUUCUUAACUCAGAGAAGCAGACUGUGUUUAUAGACAUCUUUUAUAUCGUGCUCUACUUGUUUUUCAUUCAUUCACAAACACUGUAAAUAUUGACGCACAUGUAAAACACUGCAGAAAUGGUGAACGUAGUGUAGGAUUAAGCUGCCAUCGUGUCGUUUUAAACAUUCCAGAUUUCCAGACAUUCCGUGGAGAAAACAUUGAUGAGAGAAGAAUAAUAUCCACACAUCUGCAGUGAUGUCAGAGCGCUUAACACAUGCUAAUGUCUGUGCUGUGAAUGUGGAGUCCCUCAUGAAUAUUAAUAUCCGUGGCCACGCCUCCAGAUCUGACUGCCUUUCUCAGACGUGUAAAGUCUGAUGUGCCAUUCUCACGUGUCCAGACGCACAAACCUCUGCGUUCGCUCCUGUCCGACUGCACUAAUGGAUAAUACACUGCCCAAUCACAUCACUCCUUUAUUGAACCAAAGAGUGUUGCUGUGUGUGCGAGAGAGUGUGUGUCUGUGGACAAUAUUCCUCUUAUUCGGGUCCUACUUUGGCUUUGGUGUCUCAAACUGAACAAUUAAACCAUCAGAAAGAAAAACAAUCGAGAGCAAAUCGAGAGAAAUGAUCAUGCGUACUCAUCUAAACACACACACACACACACACACACACACACAUCCUCCACUGCGUUUCUCUCCAUAAUGAAGAUACUGCCGUCAUUACAGUAAAUGCUGAAUAUGCCAUAGUCGUGAUCUCUGAAUGUACGUGUCCUGCGCAGCUCUUAAAGCACCGCUGUGGUUCUGUCUGUGAUCUGUUCCUGUCUCUCGAUGGUUGUGUUCUGGAGAUAUUCUCUUUUAUUCCGUGUAUUCUGAUAUGAUUUCUUUAGUGUGUGUUAAGGUCAGAGUAUCUUCUCUCUCUCUGUUUCUGUAUGCAUGCGUUGGCGUGUGUAUGUGUGUGUGUGUGUUGUAGAUGAUGUUUGUGUGUGUCUUCUGUGUUUUCACUGCAUGCUCUGAUAGACAGACUGUAACAUUCCUGGAAUCGCCACACACACACACACACACACACACACACACACACACACACACAUUAAUAAUAAUAAAGUGAUUUCAUAGAUCUGCUGUGGUGAUCGAGUGUUUCUCUGCUCUACAUCUCUGCGGCACACACAUUUCAGCAUCUUUAUGUCUUAAUAGUGUCUUUUUCCAAAACAUUUCAGUUUAGCAGGAAUCUACACGCUGUGCUGCGCUGUGUCUUUAAGGGUUUUAAUAGAUUUUUAUUCAUUUAAUUAAUACAAUUUAAAUUUGAAUUUAAUUAAUUGUAAUUUAUUUUAUUUUUCCCCCAACACACACACACACACACACACACACACACACACACACACACACACACACACACACACACACACACGCACACACACACACACACACACACACCAUUUCCUGAUUAUAGACUGUACUGUUUGGUUUCAUUAAACAGAUAUAUUCAUUAUUAUAAGAGUUUGCUCCUGAACACCUGCUUUAGGAACAGACAGAUCAGGCAUUUAAACUCAACCCAGUUAUUGCAAUAAAACUAUUACAAACUACUACAUUUAAACUAAAUAAAAAUGAUGUUUCUCCUGA